UUUCAAAUGUUCCUCCAGGGUGCUGUAUCUUCAUAAGGCUUUCAGCGAGAUCUUGAGUUGAGGGUGUUGUUGUUGUUGUUGUUGAUUGACCCAAAGCCUCGGGAGAUGGUUGUGACCUUCAUGCUGCUAUGUCUCGCACUCAGCGCAGCUGCACUACCAGUAACUCCAGGCCCGGAGACACAAGGGAUGGAACAAACUGCUCAAAGCGCUCCACCCGUGAAGCAGGCGGGUGAGAAGGCCGGACCUCAGGUUCUGGUCCAGAUCCUCCCUGGUCAACAGGGACAGCAUCCCCUCACUGCGGCCAACCCGCCCCCAGAGCAACAGUACCUGCCCCAGUACCACCUGCCCAACCAGCACCCAGAACCGCAGUACAUGCCCCAGUACUACCUGCCCAUGCAUCAUCCACCCUGGUUCACACACAGUGGGCUUCCCAGGGGGAUGCCCUUCCAGCCAGCCAUGCAGCAGCCACCCUUCCAGCCCGCCCUCCAGCAGCCUGCCAUGCAGCCUGCCCUUCAGCCCGCCAUGCAGCCUAACCCCCAGCAGCCCGGCCCCCAGCCCGCCCACCAGCCCGCCGUGCAGGCGCCCCUUCAACCACUACUGCAGGGAGUUCCGGUUCCAAUCCAGCCAAUCCAGCAGGCCCCGCCUCCUAUGAUGCUAAAUCCUUAUGGAUAUUUUCCUUUCUACCCAUCCCUGCAAGGGAACCAGCAGUACACACCGUAUGCAUAUCCCAUGAUGUACCCCGCCGCGCCGGCAGCCCCCAAUGUUCAGGUGAACCCCCCACCAAACCCAGCCCCACAGAGUCCAGUAUCACCAGGGGAGACGGGGCCGCCGCCUCCAGGAGCCGCUGCCCCGAACCCCCAGAUCGUCUACAUGAUUCAUCGGCCAAUGGUAACAAACAGCGCCGCCGUGACUAACGAGAUAAACGCACAGCUGGGUGGUCUUAGCUCUGAAGAGCUUGAGAUGGUGGCUAAGCUAAGCAACAGUGGGUUCUUCGGGCCCCACUUCCAGCCCAACAUGGGCCCUGAAGCUCGGCCCGCCGCGGCCACCCUGAACCAGGCCGGGGGCCCCCAGGUGAAGGCACUGGAGCCCAAUGAGGCCCCCGCAGGGUUUAGUGGCCCCCGGAGGAACCUGGUCGACGUCGGACCUACCGCCAGGGACCCAUCCUCCAACAGUCCAGCCAACCCCCCUCCUCCGGUUCAGAACCAGCCCAGCAUGGGGGCUUAA